GUCCCGUGUUUUGUGUCAAGUUUUGCGUUUUUCGUUUCUGUUAUUUAUAUUCUCCGGUAAACCAUUAUAUUAUGGUUUAUUAUCACACAUCAUGCAAUAUCAAAAUGUUACGGAAUAUCUUAAUAGAUUAUGAAGCUUCCAAGGAGAUAUCGCCCUAUGAGUAUAUGAAAAUAUACAUCGAAAAAUGUCCAGAUACUAUGGAAGAUUCAAAAAUUUCAUGGAUAGUUGAAACUUUCCUAUGCUUUGAAAAACACAAGACAUUCUUAAAAGAAAUGGUAUCCCAUUUGUCUGAAAAACUUUCUGAAGAAGAUCAGGAUUACUUUAUGAUUGUGUUUAAUGCGGUUACUUUCCAUCUCACUCCAUCAGACAUGCCCCAUCUUUAUAAAUGCCUUUUUAAUUUAAGCAAGUCACUGUUAAACACUUUCACAGGAUUUUUGAGUAAUAAUGAAGUGUUAAAGUUUAUAUCACAGGUUGCGCAUACUCACUAUGACACCAAUUUUAUAACCGAGAAGGUUAUUAAUCCUUUAUUUACUUGGCAACCUUACAUAAGUGAAAUGGCCCAUACCUAUGCCCAAUACGUGAAAAAAACGGAGAGUCGAAAAAUAAAGUUACCUACAAUACCAGUUCAACCAAAUGUACUUAAUAGAAAAGGUAAAGAUAAGAAUUCACUUGUGCUGCAACCAUCAAUACCUAAUACUCCGCCCAACUCUUCAUACCACAAAGGAAAGAAAAUGCUAACCAAAAGUGCCAUUGAUCAAAAACUUAAACAAAUUCAUGAAAAUAAUAAACAAAAAGGCUUAGAACUACUCCACGAAGUUAAAAGUAAAGAUUAUCACUUUGCUCGAGGAAAGUCAGAAAACUUUUAUAAAAAAAUGUCUAGUCUCAGAGACGACAUUGAAAAUAAAUGUGAAAAGACUAUACCUAAGGUAAAACAAGGCAGCGAUACCACUACGCCCAUUGUAAAAGAAACUGCAACGACGGUUAAAAGAAUGAACAAGAGAAUAAAAAUUUCAGAAAAUGAAGAAGUUCAGUGGCUACAAAGUUUAUUGAAACAUUGUCGGGAUACAGUAAAAAUUGAAGAACUUGAAGAAUAUGACCGUCAAGAAAAAGAACGAGAAAGACUACUAGAUAUCGAAAAAAAGCAUUUAAUGGGGCAAAUAUCUUACGAAGAAGCUGUCAUUGCGAAGAAAAAGCUAUAUGAUGAUAAUAAAAAGAAAUACGAGGAGUUUUUGAAAGAAAAGCAAUUAUGGGAAGAAGAGAUUGAAAGAUGGAAGAGAGAAGAAAUGGAAAAAAAUAGGAAACAAGUAGAAAAAUUGUCACUCAUAGAACUUGAAAUGCUUCAUGCCAAACACAAUGCUACUCUUAAAAAGAAACAAGUAGCUGAUAAAACAAGAAAAGAAUCAGAGGAACUGCAAAUAAAAGCUAUAAAACAAAAGCAAGAAUAUUUGGAAUUUAGAAUAAAAAUGAUAAAAGAAAUUAAAAUUCUAGCUUUGAUCGCUAAAAAAGCUAAAGUUCCAAAAAUUAUAGAUCUAACAGAAUCAUCGGGACUGGGUUUGCUAUGCGAGAUGUCUAUGGCUGAAUUACAAGAAAGACUAAGUUUAAUAAAAAUUGGUCUCAAAGAAGAGCUCGAGAAAAAGAAAAAACUUAUUAAAGAAGAAAAUCUAGCUGCUAAACAUGAUAUAGAGGAAACAAAAAAAUCUAUUAACAAUUAUAUGGCAGAACGGUCAAGUUUAAGAAAAUUAAAGAAAAAGUCUAUUAAUAAUCCUUGUAAAAUGCCCUCCUCUAAAGAAAUAAAUGAACUAAAAAAGGUUUUAGAAGAAAAGAGAAAACUACGAAUCAUGCUUACUAGUUAGACACGUUAAGAUUUUUGUAAAAAUAAAAUUAUAAGGAACUUUAC